CGCAAGGACACGCUUAUUUCGAGUAGAUUUUCCAGGUUAUCUCGUGUCCGCGCACUCCUGCUUUCCUUUUAUUGACGGUCACCAGAUAGGAGGGAUCAAGAAAAGAGUAUCCAGCUGGAGAGAAGAGAGAUCUGGAGCUGCAAUGGCGUGGAACGUCUUCAAAUUCUGUACGGCACUGCGUGGCCUCGGCUCUGUCAUGAUCUUCAUGGUCCUGGGCGUCGUGGGUGUCACCUAUUAUGCUCUGGUUGUUGUCAAUUACGGCCCUUCUCUCUUUCAUGGUGACCUUGAUUUGCUCAUUGCUCUUGCAGUCUUGUUGCUGUUUCAUUCUUUGUUGGUGAUGCUGCUGUGGAGCUACUUUUCUGUUGUUUCCACGGAUCCGGGUGGUGUUCCACUGAAUUGGAAGCCCAUGGUGGACGAGGAGAAAGGAGAUGUUGAUCCAUUGCUGGGUUCAGAACAUACUGGUGUAGGCUUAGGUGUGGACCAGGAAAAUAUGGUUGCUAACCCAGCAAGUGAAGCAGUCCGGUUUUGUCGGAAGUGCAACCUAUUUAAACCACCCCGGUGCCAUCACUGCUCUGUUUGUGGGAGAUGCAUAUUGAAAAUGGACCAUCACUGUGUGUGGGUUGUCAAUUGCGUUGGGGCAAAGAACUACAAGUAUUUCCUUCUUUUCUUGUUUUACACAUUUCUUGAGACAACUCUUGUCACUUUAUCGCUAUUGCCUCAUUUCAUAGCAUUCUUUUCUGAUGGAGAGAUACCUGGAACACCAGGCACCAUUGCAGCCACUUUUCUUACUUUUGUUUUGAAUUUGGCAUUUGCGUUGAGUGUACUGGGCUUUCUGAUCAUGCACAUAUCAUUGGUAGCAGCCAAUACCACAACCAUUGAGGCAUUUGAGAAGAAGCGCACCUCUACAUGGCGUUAUGACAUUGGUCGAAAGAAAAACUUUGAACAGAUUGUGGAAAUCUUGCAUGGAGAAAAUAUUGUUACUCGUGACAAUGAGUCUACUCUUUCAUACCAGGUGUUUGGGAUGGACAAGAGAUUCUGGUUGAUCCCUGCAUAUUCAGAAGAGGACAUUAUACGGAUGCCAGAACUCCAGGGUCUUGAGUACCCAUCAAGACCCAACUUGGAUGCUCUCCAGCAGUUUUAGCUACAUGUCAUAGUUGGCAACAAAGAUAAUGAAUUCUGGUUCCCUUUACCACUUACAAGAAUAUCCGAGAAACCAAACUAUGCAGUCCUUUCCCUCAAACUGAUGCUGCCCUGCAAAUUUGGAAUGCAAGCCAUCAAAAGUCAUUAAUAUGUACAGAGGCUUCACUAAUACCGUCACCCACUUGAGAGAAGCUUUAGCACUGUAGUAGAUUCCUCACUCCUCUCUGAGGAGCAGCUGAAGCUGUGAAGUAUAAAUUAAGAAGAAUGAGAAAUGGCUUGUGAUGUUCUAGUUCCAAGUUAUACUCGUGCAGAUUUUGGGGAAUCUUAAAGGGAUGCAUAGCUUCAUUUGUGUGCGUUUUACCACUUUUAGAUAUAAUUGCCUGUAGUGAUGUUUUCACUUAUCAUGGUUAAUUAUCCUUGUAAAGUGAUGCCUAUGAUUCAUUGAUAUAAAUCUUUGUGACCAUUGACAUGAUGAAUAUGAUCCCGUUGGGACCAUACUACUGAUUCAUUCAA